AUGUCCGAUCAAUCCAAGCAAACACCGUCUAGCAAUGAGGAUAGCAGUUUGCGUAUCAGUCUUGGCGGUCUCCUAACCAAGUCACUUAGUAACGUAUUCACAAUAGCUACUACAUCCGAACCCACCGACGGAGAUCGAACCAUUACCGAUGUCGACACCACGCAGGAUACCAGCUCAGAGACUCCUCCAAAUAGUUCCACACCAGAACCGAAUCCCACCACAUCAACAGGUGAGAAGUCUGCUGCAAUAUCCAGCGAUGAUGUUCAAAACUAG